UUACCUCAAAAAAUGUAUGUCAGUGAUGGAAGGGAUAUGUGUCUAAUUUUACUACAUUUUCAAUGGGUAACAGCGCUCAUUAAGCACUCGCUUAUGUGUUAUGACUUCCAAUUUAGUACAAAAAUCUGUAUGUGUUGGGCAGAAAUUAAAGCCUGUACAGGUUGGAUCGAUUUUGAAGUCGGUACAAAUUCAAAGUUCUCCUAUAAACCCUGUUAUGAAAUCUGUUAAGCGUGGUGUUGCUAUCACUACACGUCAAAUAUCUACAUCUAAUUCUGAUGGAACAUUAAAACCUGUACUUCCUGCUAUUCCUAUACCAAAACAUCCUGCUCAAUUGCCUGCUCCUCCGUUAUCAAAAUAUGUUCAUACACCAAAAAAAAUUCCACCUGCACCAAGAAUGACCAUUAAUGUAUCUGUAAAUACAAAUGCCAUAGUGCUUUCUUGGAAUGUGGAUCUUAACAACACACACGCUGAAAUUUCUAACUAUCAAAUAUUCACUUACAAAGAAUCACCUACAGAUAUUCCUAGAAGUGCUUUUUGGAAAGAAAUUGGAAAAGUCGAUGCUCUUCCUUUACCAAUGAUUUGCUCAUUAAAUAAUAUUAUUGCUGGAGGAAAAUACCAUUUUGCAAUUAAAGCUGUAGAUGUUCACUGUUGUGUUGGGCCAUUUAGUGUACCUAUCUCUGUAUAUUUUACAUUUUAAUAUGAGUUUUAUUUGAACUGGCGGCAUUAAAAGGUUUAGAUGUAUUCUAGAAUAACAAUUAUUGUUGCAUUGUAAUUAUUAUUUUUUAGUAAUUUUUUUUUAACUACGAAAUCAUAUUAAGUUUUUGUGAUUUCAUUCAUGAUGUAUUAAUUUUUCCAUAAUAUUCACAUAAUCAUUUGAAUUAAAUAUAUAUUUUUAAAGAAUCUUAUAUUAAGUAAAUGUAAAUUAAUUAUUUG